AUGAACACUGAAGAAAAUUAUUACAGUGACUAUGGUAGUGGCAGUUCAUCGAAUUCUUCCACAACAUGGCCACCGCAGGAUGUGUGGACGUACAAGACGUCCCCGAUAGAACAACCCCCUGAAAAGAAGUCGGCUAGCUACCAGGAUUUGUUGACAGGAAGAUGUACCCUGGAAGACAUUAUGAAGGAGUUCAGUAUGAACGGGCUGGACUCGCCGUACACUCCUGAGGAAGACGGGAUCUGGAACAAUCCGGGCAAUCGUUCUGAUACCUUCGGAGGCAUGGGUCCCGCGAGUGUGUACUUGCGACAGAAGUCAUGGCCGGAGCCCGAACGCUCCCCAGCGCCGCGCCUCCCGCGCCCGCGUUCCGAGUGGCUGCCCUCGCUCACUGCGCAGGAGUUCCAACUUAAGGAGUUUCAUCCAAGGGAGUUCCAACCUAAGGAGUUCCACCCAAGGGAGUUCCAACCUAAGGAGUUUCAUCCAAGGGAGUUCCAACCUAAAGAGGUCUCUGAUUUCACUUCGGUUGAAGCUAGUGCUCCACUGGCGAGUCUGUCAUCCGAGCAGAUGCGUGUGCUGCAGUCUCUGCCCAACGCUGUGGUGAACGCAUUGCUGCAGGAGAUAGAGCGCAGGCCUGACCUCAUGAGGCGGUGCAAGAAAUCUGCGGUGCAGGAGUGUCGGUUCUGCAAGAACAACGGCGAGCGCGAGUCGUACUACCGCGGGCACCGGCUGCGCGACGCGCGCGGCGCGGUGUGCUGCCCGGUGCUGCGCGCGUUCCGCUGCCCGCGCUGCGGCGCUGCCGGGGACCGCGCGCACACCUCCAAGUACUGCCCGCUCGCCACCGCUGACGAACGUAUGAAAUCCACCGCCAUGAUGCGCAGUGUCCGCAUGGCGUCCGGUCGGCGCCGCAAUAACACGGUGGCGCCAUCUGUCGCCGACACCGACAACUACAUGGUCUUUGGAGAGGCAACGCCAUCUGUCAUAUCUGAUACUGAUACAUACAAAUCAUUCGCACAAAGUUCCCCACUGGACCCACUAUGGGCCGCUCUUGAAAAAAAGUUAAUGUUAUAA